GGUUGACGCAUCAGUGCACUGCAUGCGAAGAUGUCGCCAUGCGCUUUCCCGUGCUGGUGUUGGGAGCAGGUGCGGUGUUUAGCGAGGCCUUGCCGGUCUUGCCGGUGGAAUUACAGUGCUCGUUUUCGAGCCUAUCAGUGGAGAAACCGUUGGCAGGGAAUGAGGCUUUCACUUGCCCGCCUUACUUUCAAGCUAAGACCUGUUGCCGCGAAAAUGAGUUGCAGCAGAUUUGGGACAAGGUGGAAGAUAUGAUGCAGUUCAUCCUCCGGGUGCUUGACGACCAUGGAGAGGAGCUGAGACGAGCAGAGGAGGCGGAGGCAGCCAACAACUUUGCUGAUGGUCCCUGUUCAGCCUACCACCAGCAGCUCUUCCUGUCACGCCUGCAAGGCUUCCGAAAUGCUCGCGAUGCGACCGUCAAAGGUCUCGACAUUUUGCAGGGUGCCACCAUGCACAUGCUUUGCGCUGCCUGCUUUCAGAGUUCAUCCAACCUGAAGCUUGAGCAGGUAGAGAAUUUCACAUCGUCAGCACUGCUGUCCUUGCAGGAUCGCAUGGGAGCCAUCUUCACCGACCAGGUCAUUCAGGACAAGUCGCCGGACCCUGUUUGUUCGUUGAGAUACGUGGAGUCACUUUCGGAAGGUGUUUCUUUUCCAGCCAAAGGACGUUUUCACCCAGCCUUUCGUUGGUCAGGUGGGAUGCUGGACACCUUCUCCAAUUGGAUGGAUCGGGUCUUGGCCUUGUUGAUGGAAGUUCCUGGAUCACUGAUGUUUCAGAGAAGCCUCUUGCAGCUGGUAUUCUUCUAUGCAGAGAGGCCUACAAGCGAUGCCUUUCAGUUGCUGCUGGGGCCAGCGCCAGGCGGUGGCGAGCUGCUUGAGGCAUCGGAAGAAACCGAAAUGCAGAAACUUUGCCCUGAAGCUCCCAGGUUCAUUAUCUUUGUCCGCCAGGCGUUUCCGACGGAGAAGUUGAUGAAGUGCCACAAAGAUCUCAAGGCUGUGCAAACCAACAAAAUUUUUGUUCUAACCAACGGUUCCCAUGCGGCUACCAUGGCCCAGGAGGCUGAUGCUUCCACGACAAUUCUUUGGCGUCGCUUUGAGGUACGCAAUGUGGACAGCUUCGCAUCAGCCCUUUGCGGAGAGACGACCCUGCGCCCUUUGGGCUGGGCAGCAGAGAUUGAGGAGCUGCAGUGUGAUGAGAGCAAACGAAUCUCGAGGCUGUUGACAGCGCCAGAAGAAGAGGAUCUCUCGUCGCAGAGCUGGAAAGGGAUGAGACCCAUCAGGCCCAUCUCGGUUGUGGCGUGGCCGCCUGAGGGAGUUUCUGCUUACUUGCAGGCCCACCAGGAGUUUGUCCGACGUCUCGAGAGAGGACAGGCAGAGCAGAAGGCUUUGGUCUAUGUUUGUACCGGUAUGAGCUACUGCGGCGGUCAUGGCGACCGUUUGAAUGGGAUGUUAGGGGGCUUCGUCCUGGCGCUGCUGUCGAAGCGUGCCUUUUUCAUCGACUCGCAGCGACCUGUACCGCUGAGCUUAGUCUUGCAGCCCCGAAAGGAGGGGCCCGACUGGCGCAUGUACGGCUCCCAUGCCGUGCUGCCGGCAGGCUUCAACUUCAACGACAACUUGGCAGCCUUUGAGGCUGAUCCACGAUUGGUGCUUGAUAGCCAAGAAGAUGUCCUGCGGCUGGUGUCCAAUCAACGACUCACCGUGGCGGCAUUGAAGAGCUACGGGCAACGAGCAGCGGCCUUGGGCUUGUGGCAACCACGACUUCAUCAGCAUCUCUUCCAGAUGCUCUUUGAGCCGUCGCCGGCCCUUGCCUCACGCUUACGGCAGCGCGACUUGCCGAGGGGUCAGCGAAUUGGUCUGCAUUUCCGUGCAGGGGAUCAGAUGCCAAAUCACUGGAAGGUGUGGCCCAGAUUGGGGAAUCUUCUCGAGGAGAGUAUGGCUUAUUGAUGGCCCUUUGAAGUUGCUUGUGAUAAACGCGAGCUGGUGCUGAUCUUAAGACGGAAUCAAUAUUUCACUGCACAGUGCUGCACAGUCCUCAAGGAAGCUUAUGACUAUUUCUUGUUAUUGGGGAUGCUUUAAGUUGGGCAACCCAAAGAAUUCAGCUGAAGCUCGUUGCAUGUGCAGCAGAUGGCUGCAGUCUUGGU